GGCUGUGCUGCGCGUGAGAGAGGGGCGGUGAGGAGCAGCGAACAGAGUCCAUUCCCAAAGGAAAGGGUUAAGCAUCCCGCGCUCCUGUGGGCGGGCUUGACGACGAGAUCGGCAGAGCCAGGCUCUGCUGGCCAAGCCUGAGCAUCUCCGAGGAUGCGCCUCUGGGAGAGGCAGCAGGGACGCGCGCAAGGUGAACGCAUGGCUGCGGAUGCAACGCUCAGCCCCUUGAGGAAGUCAUGGGACCCUUCAACCCUCACGACAUCUCCCUCUGGCUUAUCUUCCCUUUCUCCACUUUUGUAGACUUAUCCAGUGAAGUGUAGAAGUCAAGGGCUCUACCCUCAGGCACUGAAUUAGACCAUGGCCCCCAGCCCACAGGCCUGUGCAUCUCCUCUUCUGCUGUUACUGCUGCCAUGCUUGGGGGCUGGCCCUGCCUUGGGCAGAGGCCUUCCCAGGCCACUUGAGAACUCAGAACCUCACAUGAUCCCAUCAGAGCCACAGGCCUUUGACCUCUUCUGGGAAAACUUGAGAAAUGAGAGUUCCCGGCACAGUGGUGCCCCCCAGGCCCAUGCUGAAGGGCCCAAGAGGCCCAUAGACUCUUCCCUAGGACCAGCCCUGCAUGGGCCCAAAGCAGCCCCUGGGGUCCAAGGGGAAAGACUCCUAAGAGCUGAUGACCUCCAGCUGGCCCGAGCACUCACCUCCCAAGGCUGGACGGGACUUCCUGACUCACAGGAGCUUCUGGAGCCAGAAGCUCCAGAGCCCAUGGGAUCACCACAUCUUGUCCCUACAACUCCUAGCUCUCAACCCAUGGUGGCCACACUUGCCACUGCCUCCCAGAAGCCUGGAGACCCAGCAGGACAGCAGCCAGCUAGGGAUGACGGGCUAAUGGCCAAAGCCGAGACCCACGUCACGCAGGCUUCCCCCUGGGACCACCAGGGCUCUCCCCACACUCUGGUACCUGACACAGAUGCUGUGGGGACUCUAGUGUUGGGGAAGCAGGGUGGACAUGAACGGGGCCUCCAGGAAGCUGUCCAGGGCCCCCUACUUACCCAGCAGAAUCUAGUAGCCCCUGAGGUCAGCUCAACGCCCCCAGAUGAUGUAGAAUCCACUCCAGAGCCUGGAGCCCAGCUAGACCUGGCAUUGGCCAGAAGCCUUCCUCUUCCUGAGGGGCUGCCAGCUGAAACCCCCAAAAAAGCUGGAGUUGGGGAUACCUGGGAAGUCAGCUCUCUGGGACCCCAACCUGAACAGACUGACCUCCUUGGAGGACAAGAUUCCCCAGCACCCCAGCCUAUACCACCUUCAGCCUCAGACACUUCUGAUGGGCACCUAAGACCAGCAGUAGCCUCGAUGAAUGGAGUGGACCCCAUCUCCCCACAACGUGUGAGAGGAGCAAUGGAGGCCCCAGGAACCCCCAAGUCCUUCAUCCCUGAUCUCCCAAACUCUGCUCAAGCUACAAAUGGAACAGAGAGCCCUGCGAGGGCCCUGCAGCCAGAUGAAGCUGAGGAAUGGCCGGGUCGCCCACAAAGCCACCCUCCAGCACCCCCUGUCCAGGCCCCCUCGACAUCUCGGCGUGGUCUCAUUAGAGUCACCACACAAAGAGCUCUGGGCCAGCCACCCCCUCCAGAGCCCUCUGCCAGCUCCAUGGUCCCCAUCCCAGCUUCUAGCCCCCCAGCCAACGCCACCGCACCUCCCCUGCGUUGGGGACCCCUUCGGCGGGUGCUGAGUUUUUCCUGGGAGCUUCAUGUUUAUGGGGUGGGGGUGCUUUUCCUGCUUCCAGCAUUAUUGGCAUUGGUCACACUGGCAGCCGCCCUAGCGGGACCCAGAUUGGCCCUAGUGGCUGCCGCGCUGGUGUUGGUGGCUUCAGGGCUGCGAUCUGCCUACAUGCUCACCGAUCCUUACGGCUCUCAGGCACGACUGGGAGUACGUGCAGGUCUGGCGCUAUACAACUUGCCCUACCCCUUGCUACUCACUGCACUGGCAGCACUCACCCUGCUGGGCUUGGGUGCUGGUCUGCCACAACCUCUGCAGAAGCCGCUCCUGCUGGGAAUCGUGGCACCGGUGCAUGGCGCAGGUUUACUGGCUACGGACCUGUUUUCCACCAGCCCUGUGCUCAACCUUCUAACACAAGGCUUAUCUUGCGCCUGGGGCGCGUCAGUGGCUCUGGGCACACUCUGCCUGUGCCGUCGCCGCCUGCUGGAAGGCCCUCGGGGCUGGGAUGCCAGUCCAGGCCCCCGCCUGUUGGCUGUGGCGGGUUCACUGGGGCUGUUGGCCAGUGGUCUGCAGUUGGCGGCCUCGCUCUGGCUGUACCCUGGGCCUGGCCGGGAGGGUCGCUUCUCCUGGGCUUGGUGGGGCGUGCACUUUUGGCUGCGCCUGCUGGAGUUGACCUGGGCACUGGCCCUGGCACUAGCUGCCCUGGCUGCCACUCGUCCCAGACCGCCCACGGAGCACGCUUGUUGGGCUAAGCUGCUGCGCCUGGCCUGCCCCGCGCCCACGGGCAAGAGCGAAGUUCCGGAGAGACCCAAUAACUGCUAUGCGGGGCCCAGUGGCCUGGGCACGGGCGGCCUGGACAUCAGCAAAAGUCUCAUCCGCAACGCGGCUGGGGAAGUUGGGCUUCCUUCCACGCCUGGUUCUGGACCCUGGGGUUCGGCUGCAUCGCUGGGUCGCGGUCGUCCAGGUGGCCCGGGGAUGUCCCGCGGCAGUGUGGGGCCCGCACCGUCGCUGAGCGAGCUGGAUCUGCGACCACCGUCGCCUAUCAAUUUGAGCCGCAGCAUCGACGCCGCGCUCUUCCGGGAGCACUUGGUUCGAGACAGUGUGUUCCACCGCUGCGGUCUCCGUGGUUUGGCCUCCUCGCCGCCAGGAGGCGCCCUGCGGCCUCGCCGCGGCAGCCAGCCCGACGUCGAGCUCGACGGCGCGGGCACAUCAUUGCUCCGAGGCCGCUGCCGCUCGCUCAGCGAGGUAUGCUUGCGCACGUCGCUCCCGCAGCACGUGGUGGACCCGCCCGUCGGCGCGGCGGCCGCGGGGACUUCGGGCAGCUCCCUGGACAGCUUCUCCAAGGGUUCGCUGAAGAUCAGCUGGAACCCGUGGCGUCACGGGCUGUCGUCCGUGGACAGCCUGCCCCUAGAUGAACUGCCCAGCACCGUGCAGCUGCUGCCACCACCUACCCCAGCCCCUGCUCCUGUCCGGGCCGGGGAGUCUCAGGGCGAGGGCCAGCCGCGCUGCAAGUCCAGCGAAUCUCACAGCGCCUCCAGUGACACUAUAGAGCUCUAAGCAGCUACAGAGCUACCCUCUCCUCAAAGUCCACACGAAGUAGCUGAGCCAAGCCAGUUGAGCAUUUGAAAAAUUGGCCCCCCCGGGGCCUCCACCUGACUGCAGCCGGGUUUGAAUUUACCCGACUCAUUUUGAUUUUUAAAAAAAUACCUUUUUUUUUCAGCAGAUACUUUGCACAGAGGCCGUGAGUUACAUGGAACACAGGGUGGAUGUGCAUGGACUUGAUCAUGGGGGACAGGGACCAGGUACCCCUGACCCUCCCAGUGUGAAGAGAUGCACCUCACUUGUCCAGAUUGACUGUCCUCUUUGUGCCAAAGAAAUAAACCCUUCCGAUUAGGCUCAUGCCUCCCUCUGGUCAAGCCAGGGUCUCUCCUAAUAGGAGAGACAGGAGACCCUUGCCCAGAGGAAUACAGAACCUUCCAGAGAAAUGUUUUCUCUGGCUUUGGUGGGAACAACCACCUCUAUCUCACUAAAAACCUGUCUGUUGUGGAGUCCCCACCUCCUGUAAUCCCCCCACAUCUGGCCUAACUGGAAAGCAUCUUGCCCACUUCAGAAAUGAGCACAGCGGUGUUCAACCCAGAAAGACCAACUCCUAAGCUGGUUCCUCUGUCAUCUGUCUCCUUCCUCCACUUCUUCCUGGUUUUUAUUUAAAAAAACAUUUUUUGUAGAUUUAUUUUAUGUGUA